AUACACAAAACACACUGAUGUUUUGAAGAGAAGAGCUCAGAGUAAAGCGAUCUCAUGGCUUCUCUUCAUACAUUUCUCAUUCUGUCCGUAUGUGCCACGGCUCUGUGUUUGCCAACAUCUUCACUGUCAGGCGAAACGGAGAUUGAUGUAGAUAAUGGAAAAGACCUGGAUAUAUUUGAAAUAAAUGAAGAGGCAGGACUUCAACUGGUGGAAGGAGACAUUCUGAUGGAGAAGGGAGAAGGCAGAAACAGUAUUCUGGGUGAACAGUAUCUCUGGCCUACCACUGUGCCGUACUUCCUAGACAGCAGCCUUGAAAUCAAUGCCAAAGGUGUGAUACUGAAAGCAAUUGAGCAAUACAGACUGAAGACCUGUAUUGACUUCAAACCCUGGAGUGGAGAGCCAAACUACAUUUCUGUAUUUAAGGGCAGCGGAUGUUACUCAAAGGUGGGGAACCGACAGAUGGGGAAACAGGAGUUGUCAAUUGGUUCAAACUGUGACCGUUUAGGAACAGUGGAGCAUGAGUUUCUGCAUGCGUUGGGUUUCUGGCACGAGCAGUCCAGAUCUGACAGAGAUGACUACGUCACCAUAGUGUGGGACCAGAUUGUAGAGGGUAAAGAGCACAACUUCAAUUUAUAUGAUGACACAGUUUCAAGCUCUCUCGGUGUGCCUUAUGAUUAUGGUUCGGUCAUGCACUACAGUAAGAUGUCCUUCAACAAAGACCAAGAGCCAACCAUCGUUACCAAGAUACCAGAAUUCUUGAAUGUGAUUGGUCAACGCAUGGAGUUUAGUGACAGCGACCUGCUCAAGCUAAACAGGCUAUACAAUUGUACUAGAACCUCAACUUUUCUGGACUCUUGCCACUUUGAGGAACCGAAUAUCUGUGGUAUGAUCCAGGGAGAUGGUGGAAAUGCCAAGUGGGCUCGUGUACAAACUGUAGAAGCCGGUCCAAAGACGGACUACACAACUCUGGGUCAAUGUCAAGGGGUUGGGUACUUCAUGCAUUUCAGCACAGCCACAGGUACCCAAGGAGACAAAGCUUACCUGGAAAGUCGCCUCUUUUACCCCAAAAGACACUCCCAAUGCCUGCAGUUCUAUUAUUACAGCAGCGGGGGCGCUGAUGACCAGCUAAACAUCUGGGUGCGCGAAUACACAGCUGAAAACCCCAAAGGAGACCUGAGACUCAUUCAGAAGAUCAGUGGUGGACUUAAAGACUCCUGGGAAAUACACCAUGUGACGCUGGAUGUCUCUGAUAAAUUCAGAGUGGUGUUUGAAGGAGUUAAAGGAAGAGACGCAUCAAAGGGUGGCCUGUCUCUGGAUGACAUCAACCUCUCAGAGACCCAGUGUCCUCAGUACACUUGGCGUAUUCAUGAUUUUACCAGUCUUCUUGCUACAACUGCUGCCGGCACCAAAACCUACAGCCCCCGCUUCCUAUCCCCAGAUGGUUACUCGUUUCAGAUUGGUUUGUACAUUAAUGGCUUAAAGGAUAGCCCAGAUAAUAUGGCAAUCUACCUCCACUUGACCUCUGGACCUUAUGAUGAAAAUCUCCAAUGGCCGUGUCCGUGGCAACAGGCAUCCAUAGAGCUGAUGGACCAGAAUCCAGACAUACAACACCGAAUGAACAACAUAAGGAUGAUCACUACUGAUCCAGCCAAGACCUCCACUGACUCCAUGGGUAAUGUGGAGUAUUUCUGGGAUGACCCACGAAAAGUAGGCAGUCUAGUCACUGACACAGAUGGCAGUUCAUACUACCGGGGACCCGGUUAUGGUACCAGCAGUUACAUCACACAUGAUCGUCUGAAGAGUCGAAGCUUCAUUAAAGGAGAUGAUGCCAUCUUCCUCCUCUCCAUUGAAGAUGUGACUGGACUUUUGGAGCCUCAGUCGAGUGAGUUUGGGAGACGGGAAUUCAGAGAUCUGCGAUUAGAGAUUGAGGACUCCAGUGGAAGCUCUACAGCAACAGUGGCAGUAAGUGUCUUUGUGGGAGCUGCCAUGUUCCUUGGUCUUGUUGUGAGUGCACUGUUCUACAUGCGAAGGAGAAGACGACAGAUGGAAAGAGACAGAGAGAUUGAGCCGGAAAGGACAGAUGGUUAACCCCAAAUGUCCAUUUAAAAGAAGAGUGGACUCAAAAACCUAAAUAAAUUGAUAAAAAAAAAAAUAUAUAUAUUAUAUAUAAUCAACCAUUAAUGCUCACAAUUUAUUAGUAAUUUGCUACAGUCUGUAACAGAGCUGGCAUAU